UAAAUGAGUGCGCGUUCGGCGUUCUUUGCACAUGAGUAUAACUACAUGUUUGGGUUACAACUCACAACAUAUGUUUAUUCCAACGCAGAGCGAAAAUCAUAGAUAAUCAUAGAGAAAAUGUUAAAAUACUAAUAAAACUAUUAGUGGGGCUUGAUUUAACAAUAGUGACUGUGAUAUAAAAAGCCUAGAUUUCAUCGCCAUUCUUUAAGUUCCAAUGAAAAUAUCAGCAUAUCCCAACAUGAAUCUAAGGGGUGAAGUACGGGAGAGCAUUUCUCUAGAUGACGAUGAUCUAAGCGAUGUUGAAGAUGAAGUUUUCAUCCGAGAUGGUAAAAAUGGAUAUAAGUUGGCAGAUGAGCUCACUGUCAAAAGGCCUCUUAUGGCGCCUCGAAGGAAAGCCACGAGGUCCGAUUUAGGUACAAGACUCAAGACUAAACCGCAUUGCAAAGCCUUUUUUAAGCCUUGCUGUUAUAUAUUUGCAGCUCUAAGUAUAUUAAUUGGUCUAAUAAUUUUAGUAGUAGUUCUAGUCUCAAUUUACCCGCUACCAUUAGACAAAGUAAGAGACUGGAUCAUAAAAAGAUCGCAGAAAUCAGAACAGCUUGCAUCCACGAAGUUACUGCCGUGUGAUAAUCUUAAAGUUACUGACGUCUGGUCGACAACUUUGCCAAAAUUAGUCACGGAUUCCCCAGUUCGAGCUUUAGAUGUAAAUGGAGAUGGUAUAGAUGACGUCUUGUUUGGUUUCAGCACCGGCGACAAUUAUAACGUUAUACCUUCAAACAUUUUUUGUCCCAUAUUCAUGGGGGUACCAUCUCCAUGCGAAGGAGGCGUUAUAGCUUUAAAUGGACUGAAUGGGAGUAUACUAUGGAGACAUUGGUUUAACGACACCAUUUUUUCGCUUCACUGCACCGUUGAUAUUAACGGAGAUCAGCAGAAUGAUUGUUUGGUGGUCGGAAUGGAAGGGACCAUCGCUAUUAUUAAUACAAAAAAUGGGAGCGUGAUCUGGCAACUCAACACAGGGAGAUUAAAUGUAUACUUAGCUUCAUUUAUUCCGGAUCAAAAUAACGAUUCUGUUCCGGACAUUGUAGCCUCGCAUUCAACAAUAAGUGUUGAACAAGACGGCCAUCUGGUUCUUAUUUCGGGCAGAACGGGACAGGAGUUAAGUAAUAUCCGGACUCCAGGAGAUGCCAAGACAUUUUUCAUGCCUCAGAUGCUGACGCAGGAUAAAAAUACUAGUUUUAUUAUAUUCGGUACAGGGUCUCCAACCUCUGGAGGAAACUUAACUUUGACAAAGUUGGAUCAAAUUACUACUGGAGCUUUGGCAAACUCCACUAUAAACAUUUACGAAGACAAAUUCAAAGGAAUCUUCACCCAAGCUGUUAUAGUGGAUAUCACCGGCGACACUAUCCCGGAUAUCAUCACGGCGAUGUACAACUCCACUUUGGUGGCUAUUGAUGGGAAACUUUUCAAGCAAAUUUGGAACUUUACAGUGCCGGGUCCAGUUGCCGAAACAAACAUAAGUCCAACACCAGCCUACUUCAACUUCGACAAUAUAACGGACUUCCUCAUUAUUUAUCAGAGAUAUGAUGAUGUUCUAAAUUAUAAUUAUACUCAGACUUUUAUAAUCGAUGGUAAAACAGGACAAUCCCUUUAUAAACCUUUAACUGGGGCUGUAAUUACACAAAAUAGUGGUCUAACCGUAAGUUUACAAUCAUUUGGAUUCGAUAUGUUUUUAUUUUGGACUUCUGAAUGCACUAAUUUGGAGACGUUCAAAAAAUUGGACAUUGUCAAAGGUGGAUCUAGCGGACUUUCUGGUGAUUGUCUUCUUAAAGGAAAUAACACAGUGAGCGUGAAGUUAAACGCACUAAGUCAGUUUCAUCAACCUCCAGGAUUUGUAAUAUACAAUUCGGCUGAAAGAAUCCCACAAGAAUUCAACAACAAUAUAUCUGUCUUAAAACAAUUGAAAGAACAUUACAAGUCGCAUCCAAAAAUCCACAUAGAGCCUCCUGGGCAAUCUGAAGUAGACGAAAACUACAAAGUGGAUACAGUUCCCAUAGGAAUAAGAAAAUACGGUUCCUCAAACUUCAGACAAAAAGAUCGGAAUCCGAUAUUGCAAAGUUAUAUGGCUGCUGCGAAUGAUGAACUGGAUAAUUUUGGUGAUGAUCGAGACUCUCCAUUGCUCGAAGCCGACUACGACACCAACUAUUAUCCUUCAUUAGACGAAACGAUUCCCUACACCCUUAAACAUUCCGCCAAUGUUGUUAAAUCUAGUAGCCGAGAUCCAAGAAGCAAAGAGAAGAAAAUAAAUUCGUCCAAGAUGGAAAUGUCCUCUUCCAAAAAGAAAAAUCUCUCAGACAGGAAUAACGGCAUCUACGACUACACCAACAUGAAACGAUCUCGCAACAGGCUUCUCCACGACAUUGAUUACAUUCCCACAGAAAUACUUAAAGACACUUACAUAAAAAACGAAGAAAUGCGACUAAAAAAAUCCAGAUUCGAGCAAAGAGACGUCAAUGAACACAUCGACAAAAUAAAAGAAAAAGAAGAGAUACAGAAGAUCAUUAAAAAAGAAAUGGAAGAAGCAAAGAAGAACGCUUCUCUUACUUUAUGGGAUUUGGAGUCGGAGAAAGAAAUGAAGGAUUGGCUGGACGGUCAUUUCAGGGGCAAAAGAGAUGCUAAUUUUACCACGGGGGGAUCUGUCAAAAUAACAUCUGUAGGUGUUAUAUUGGAUUCUUUUAACACGACGAAUGGUACGAACGCCUUUGACAUUGUUUUCGUGACUUACUGGCUACCUUCUCCAAGGCAGAUGCAAGAUUUGCUUCAGCAGGAUAUACUAGACUGCAUUGAGGAUAAACUUAAACAAGAUACAUCCUCCCACGAUUUUCAAAAGACCACAGAAAAGGAGCAAAGAGAUCUCUUCGAGGGAGAAUGCACCGAAGAACAAGCUAACCUCAAGAACGAAUUCAGCUUCUUCAACCAACUGAACCAGCUUCGUUUCGGUCAAAUGACAGUGUACAGACUCAGAGUCGAAUGUGAAUGUGUUAACAAGCGCAAGAAUGAAACAUGCGCGAACUUUUUGCCUAAGAACAAGCAGAGCUGGCCUAGCUACUUGGGCAAGCUGGGGGAUGGGGUGUUUUUAAAAAGGGGGUGAAUAAGUUUGAGGUAAUCGAAAAAUAUCUGUGGUGAGUUAUGUUUGUAAAAAGAGGGUAAUAAAAAAUUGAAGUCAGGUCUUCAGUACUAGAAUCUUUGGGUGAGUAAUAGGUAACUAAAUAAAUUUUUUUAUUGAUUUAAAAUCGAUAUUGAACAAAAUAAAAAACAGUUUACCACAAUUUAUACAGUGUAUCUGUUUAAAUUGCAAAUAUAUUUCUUUUUGUACAAUUGUACAGAAAUAUCCAAAACCGCGAAGGUCAUUUAGGUAGCAAAUCAGGGAGAGGGGACUUCAGUGCUGGUCCAAAAUUGUUACGAUCAGAGGAAGGACGUGUUUCUAUCUUUUUAUUUUACGAAAAAGCGUUUGAUCGUGUCCAACACCACAAGUUAAGACAGAUCCUCAAGAAACUUGAUAUAGAGUAAAAAGACAUAAGAUGCACUGAAAACUUGUACUGGUAUGAAACGACACAAUUAAAAAUAGACAAUUCUAUAGUCCGUCUAGAAAAUAUCCGGAAUUUUAUAUUUUUCCUAAUUUUAAUAGAUUUCCUUUUUGUAACAUUUUAAGACAAAAGUAAUGCAUCAAGUAGGUUGUGCCGAUAGUAGGUUUUGGACAAAAUCGCAUGACAACACCAUCUGUCAAAUAUUGUUGUUUGUAAACAGAUUUAAGAUUUGUGAAAUAAUGUCGCAAGUAGAAAAAAUAAAAGUGGUGGAAUAUUUGUAUAGAAAGGGUGUGCGAAACGUUUAAAAAUUAGUGCAGUUGACUGAACUCGGAAAAAGUGCAGUGUAUGAGACAAUAAAGAGGAUAAAAAAUGGCAUAGAUAUGAGACAUAGACCAGUUUCGGGUAGACCGCGUAAGAUUCGUGGAAACAAUUUAAAUGCUUUAGAUGCUUUAGGACGAAAAAAUCCACGCCUAGGGUUUCGAAAAUUAGCGAACAGAUUUGGAAAUCAACGAAGAAUAAAAGUGUGCCCAGAAACUGUCCGCAUGUCACUGAAAAAGCAAGGCUACAUAUCAAGGAAUCCAAAAAAAAUCCCUACAAUGUCACCUCUUCAAAGGCAACGAAGAAUAGAUUUUUGUCAACGUUUUCAAGAAGAUAAUUUUAAUAAUGUCUUUAUAUCUGAUGAAAGUUGUUUCCAGCUUGGUGCAAAUCAUCUAAAAGUCCUAUCAAGAGAAAAUGUUACUGUUCAAAUUUCCAAAUUUCCUACUAAAAUAAUGGUUUGGGGAGCAAUAUCUUAGCGUGGUGCUACACCUCUCUGUAUAGUUAAUGGUACUGUUGAUAGUUCGAAAUAUUGUGACAUCCUAAAUGGUUUUCUUCUUGAACGGCUCAUGUUUUAUAUCCAGAGGGGUGGCGUUUUCAGCAAGAUAAUGCAAGUUCCAUACUUCUGCUUAUACUCAAGCUUGGAUGCAAGAACACGAAUUGGCAACAAUUCCGUGGCCAGCAGCAUCUCCAGAUCUUAGCCCCAUUGAAAACAUAUGGGGACUGAUGAAGAUUGAAGUGAAACGAGCAGCGCCACGAGAUAAAGAAGGUUUGAUUCGGUCAGUUUUACAGGCCUGGAACACCAUUACCGAAAAUUAUGGCCUUGACCUAGUUUCGGGUGUACCUGGACGUUUAGUUAAGUGUUUAGAUUUAAACGGAGGAUGUAUAAGUAAAUGAGAUGAAUUAUUUGUUGAAAUUUUAUAUUUCAAGUAAUAGAAAUAAAUACCGUAAAAUUAUAAUUCUGCUCUUUUUUUCGGAUACUUUCUAGACGGACUAUAUAUCCAAACCCAUACAUGUAAGAAGGGGUGUUCAACAGGGAUGUGUGCUUUCCCUUUUUUUAUUUAACAAUUAUUCGGAAGCCAUAUUUCACGAGUCUUUGGAAAAUGCAGAGAUGGGAAUCAAAGUGAAUGGAGUAUUGAUCAACAACAUACCAUAUUCUGAUGAUGGUAUCUUAAUUUGUGACAACAUAGUCGAUCUUCAACAACUUGUCACUAUAAUCGGAGAAUACGGUAGGCCAAUGGGAUUAGAGAUUAACACCAAAUAGACCAAAUUCAUGAUCAUCUCCAGAAACUUGGAUGCACUUGAAAACUCCAGCAUAACACUGAAUAUCAAAUCCAUUGAAAGAGUGAGCAAAUCUUAAUACCUGGGAACGCGGCUUUUUGAAGACUGGGCAUCGGACAGGGAAGUAAAAUGUCGCAUUGAGCAAGCUCGACAAGUUUUCGUAAAUUUCAGGAAGGCACUGACUUGUUCAGAGUUUGAUCUUCAACUGAGACUAAGGUUUACUAAGUGCUACGUAUGGUCGGUGCUGCUAUAUGGCGUAGAGAGCUGGAUACUCAAAACGAGGGAUAUAAACAGAUUAGAAGCGUUCGAAAUGUGGCUUUAUCGCCGCCAAUGCGGCGAUAAUUCGCAUGCAUAUUAUAUUCGAAACGAAAAAUAGCAGUUCCUUCAACUUAUAGUGGAGUAACUGAAGGUUUUCACCUCCGAUUUCGUUGAACCUCCAUCGAUUUUCAUGAAAAUUGGUGAGUAAUUAGAGGAUACCUCAAGGAACAAAGGUGACAUGAUGCCAACUUGCGCUUUUACCUUAGGAGUCGAUGCCGCCCCUUCUCGGGGGUGAAAAUUAUUUUAUUAAAAAUAAUACCAUGAAUCGAUAGAGGGACAAAUUAUUAGCAAAAUUUGUUAUUUAUAAAGUUAUUAAUAUAAAUCAAUACUGUUUGAGUUAUUAAAGACCAAAAAUUUUAUUUUUUGUUAAAAAAAUAAAAUCUAACAAUAAAAAACUGAAAACGUUUGUUUUCUAUACUUCCACAAAAUUUAUUAUAUCUAAGUGACUACAGCUGUUUCGGCGGAGUGCCUUUCUCAAGUAAUAUAGUUUACAAUGUGUUUGCCUUUUUAAUCUUCAACUGAAGAGGUUGAGGAGUGGGGAGCUGUUUGUCUCGAGUUGGUCAUUCAGAAUUAUAUCUGUAUUUUUCAGUUUAUUAAUUUCC